GAACUGCCUCUCUCAUUCGGAUUCAGCGGAAGCACAGAGCAGGCCCACGCUGCUUCAGCGUCAGAGUCUCCCUAUCUUCAAGUCGGAGAUCGGCAAAGCACUAUGCACAAGAGUAGGACGCCGAGCACGACCACAGCCACAGGCGCAUCAUUCGGCGUUUCAUCAAGUCGUGGACAUCAAAAUGGUGAAGACGAAGAAGAUUCUGCCAAGGCCAUGCGGGCUGCAGCAAAUCUAUCGCAGUUUCAGACGGGCGACAAUGAUACAUCGUCCUCAAGUGACCGCGAAUCUACAUUCUCCUCCGAUGCUGGUGACGAGGAGCAGGACCGGAAAGGUCAAGCUGCUGUCGAGAAUACUUCUACUGCUGACGAAACUCAAGGACAUGCACGGAGCAAAUCCAAUAUUGAUGGCGGCGGACGCUCUAGCACGAGCUCAGCAACGUUCACUGCUGAUGUUGAUCCAAGUGCAGGUUCUUCGUUUUCACCACCAGCCCGUACCACACGCAAAAGUCAACAAAUCAGCACUUCGACGUCUUCUUCUGCAUCUACUCCUGGUCAAGAACACAUACAUCGGCGUCAAAUUGCGGAUGUCAGACGCUUUUACCACGAUCUCGUUUGGUUGUGGGAUUCUCUGCAAAGACAGCAUGAGCAUUGGAUACUACCAGCAUUACCGGGAAAAAACAUUCUUUCGUCUCUCACAGACAAAAAAAAGCUCCUGGCGCGCGGCCGCUGGUAUGUAUGGACGUGA